AUGGCGGGCCGGGGCCGAUUUGUGCUUUCUGGGAACUUUCAUGGGGGAUCUGUUGUUGCAAGCUAUCCAUUCGAUGACUCAGACGCACACCAGUCCUCUGGAGUAUACAGUAAAUCUGCUGAUGAUGAAGUUUUCAAAUAUCUGGCAAAAGCCUAUGCAUCAAACCAUCCAAUAAUGAAAACUGGCAUCCCAAACUGUCCUGGGGAAGAGGAAGAAACUUUCAAAGAUGGCAUCACCAAUGGUGCUCAGUGGUAUGAUGUAGAAGGUGGAAUGCAAGAUUAUAACUAUCUUUGGGCCAACUGCUUUGAGGUCACGUUUGAACUUUCCUGUUGCAAAUACCCACCAGCUGUGCAGCUUGAGCAGGAAUGGCAGAAUAACCGGGAAUCUCUGUUCACCUUCAUUGAAAAAGUACAUAUUGGAAUUAAAGGAUUUGUGAGAGAUUCGGUUACUGGGGCUGGCUUGGAAAAUGCAACCAUUGCUGUGGCUGGGAUUGCUCACAACAUUACAACUGGACAGUUUGGUGACUAUUACAGACUGCUGGUGCCUGGGACCUAUAAUGUCACAGCUUCGGUCAUGGGUUAUCUGUCAGUCACCACAGAGAACAUUGAAGUGAAGGAAGAGAAUGCAACUGUAGUGGACUUUUCCUUGCAUCCUGCUGUCACAGUGUUGACUUCCAGCCCUACCAAAGAAACUCCGAUAGCUGCCAACAACUCUCUUGACAACACAGCAAGUACAACUGAUGUAAACAGAUCAACCUCUGUUCGUCAGGUGAUCCAGCCAGAUGAUUUUCGCCACCACCACUUCCCUGAUAUGGGCAUCUUUCUGAGGAAAUACGCUACUGAGUACCCAAACAUCACACAUCUCUACUCAGUAGGCAAGUCAGUGGAACAAAGGGAGUUGUAUGCAAUGGAAAUAUCAGAUAACCCCGGUAUCCAUGAAGCAGGUGAACCAGAAUUCAAGUAUAUUGGGAAUAUGCAUGGGAAUGAAGUAGUAGGAAGGGAAUUGCUCCUCAAUCUCAUAGAGUAUCUCUGCAAGAACUAUGGAACUGAUCCUGAAGUGACUGACUUGAUCCAAAAGACUCGGAUACAUAUCAUGCCAUCAAUGAACCCUGAUGGCUAUGAAAAGUCUCUAGAAGGAGACAUAUCAGGAACUUUUGGCAGAAACAACAGCAACAACUAUGAUUUGAAUCGGAACUUUCCAGAUCAGUUUGUCCAAAUCACUGAACCCCUGCAGCCAGAGACAAUAGCUGUUAUGAACUGGCUGAAGACCUAUCCCUUUGUGCUAUCUGCAAACUUGCAUGGAGGAGCUCUGGUGGUUAACUACCCCUAUGAUGAUAAUCGCCUAGGAGUUGCCGCAUAUAGUAAAUCCCCUGAUGAUUCAGUUUUUCGGCAGAUAGCUCUUGCCUAUUCUAAGGAGAAUGUGCAAAUGUUCCAGGGCCACCCAUGUGACAACAUGUAUCCUGAGGAAUACUUUCCCCAUGGCAUCACUAAUGGAGCGAAAUGGUAUAAUGUUCCAGGUGGCAUGCAGGAUUGGAAUUACUUUAACACUAAUUGCUUCGAGGUGACUAUUGAGCUGGGCUGUGUCAAAUAUCCCAGGGCAGAAGAGUUGCCAAAAUACUGGGAGCAGAACCGCCGCUCUCUGCUGCAGUUUAUCAAGCAGGUUCAUCGAGGCAUUAGAGGGUUUGUGUUGGAUGCCACUGAUGGACGGGGCAUCUUGAAUGCAACCAUCAGCAUUGCCAGCAUUGACCAUCCUGUCUCCACCUAUAAAACUGGGGAUUAUUGGCGCUUGCUGACUCCAGGAACGUACAAGAUCACAGCAUCUGCCCGAGGGUAUAAUUCAGAGACAAAGAUAGUAAAAGUUGAAGAUAACAAUGGAGUACAAGUCAACUUUACUUUGAGUCGAAAAGGCUCCAAAGUUGAAGAAGGGUCGGCACCACAUGUGAACAUGGCAGACUCUAAUGGGCCAGUCACCAAGGAGUUUGAAACCUUGAUCAAAGACCUCUCAGCAGAGAAUGGCUUGGAACAUCUCCUCUUGGCUUCUUCAGCUGAUGUUCAGCCUUCCCGUUAUCGUCCCUACAACGAUCUGUCUAUGUUCCUUAGAGGCUUGAAUUUGAAUUAUCCAGAAAUCACAAAUCUUGUUAGCUUGGGCCAAAGUCGUGAGAUUCGUCACAUUUGGUCCCUAGAAAUCUCUAACAAACCCAACCAGUCUGAGCCAGAAGAGCCGAAGAUCCGUUUUGUCGCUGGCAUCCAUGGCAAUGCCCCUGUUGGUACUGAGCUCCUCCUGGCUCUGGCAGAGUUCCUCUGCAUGAACUACAAGAAGAACGUGGCUAUCACAAAGCUGAUUGAGAAGACAAGAAUAGUGAUUGUGCCAUCCCUGAAUCCAGAUGGGCGUGAAAUUGCACAGGAAGGAGAUUGUACCUCCAAAACGGGUCGAACCAAUGCCAACGGCAAAGAUCUGGACACAGAUUUCACAAGCAAUUCUUCUGUGGCGAGGGAACCCGAAACAAAGGCCAUCAUGGAGAACCUGAUACAGAAGCAAGACUUCAGCCUCUCUGUUGCCUUAGAUGGAGGGUCCCUGCUUGUCACUUACCCAUAUGACAAGCCAGUGCAGACAGUGGAAAAUAAAGAAACUCUGAAACAUUUGGCUUCUGUCUAUGCAAACAACCAUCCUACAAUGCACCUAGGACAGCCUAGCUGUCCAAACAAAUCAGAUGAGAAUAUCCCGGGAGGUGUGUUGCUUGGAGCACAAUGGCACAGUCAUCUAGGCAGCAUGAAGGAUUUCAGUGUCACAUAUGGGCAUUGCCCAGAGCUCACAGUAUAUACUGGUUGCUGUUACUUUCCAAGUGCAGGACAACUCCAUGCUCUGUGGACAGAGAAUAAGAAAUCUCUUCUUAGUAUGCUGGUGGAGGUUCAUAAAGGAGUCUAUGGCUUUGUCAGAGACCAGCAUGGCCGACCAGUGUCCAAAGCCCAAAUUGUGUUCAAUGAAGGGGUAAAAGUGUGCACCAAGGAAGGUGGCUAUUUCCAUGUGCUUCUCGCUCCAGGCUAUCAUAAGAUCCAUGCUAUAGCUGAAGGCUAUCAGCAGAAGCAUGUCCAGGUCUUGGUUCGCCAUGACAUGGCCAGCUUUCUGCAUAUACAGUUUGACAUAGACAAUAAGAUCUUUGGGCUUCCAAGAGAGUUGGUGGUUACAGUAGCAGGUGCAACCAUGUCAGCCCUGAUCCUCACAGCCUGCAUUAUCUGGUGUGUGUGUUCUAUCAAGUCUAACCGGCACAAAGAUGGCUUCCACCGCCUACGGCAGCACCAUGACGAUUAUGAGGACGAGAUCCGCAUGAUGUCCACUGGCUCUAAGAAGUCGCUUCUGAGCCAUGAAUUCCAGGAUGAAACGGACACUGAGGAGGAAACAGUUUACUCCAGCAAACACUGAUCUACCAGUGGCAGGGAGCUCCCUGCAGAGACGUGUUUCACCACAUUGAGCAAUUUUCUCAGCCAGUGGACACAGAAUGCAUGACCUUCCAAAUCUCCGUUCCUGGUUCAUGCCAAUGUCUGUUCAUCCACAAGAAAGUCCUACUGUACUGCUGGCUGCUCUUCUAUCUGGUGCCAGAACUGGAAUCCUUUGGGCCACUUGGUUAGUGGCAGAAUAGCCACUCCAAUGAUGGAAGCUGCCACGGAGCUGCUGGCUUUUCUAGAACUUUAAAAAAGUUUUCCUUAAACCAUACUUCCGCGACUUGGGGGACUACCGCUACAUGAUGACUACCAAGGCUUAGUCUAAGCUGCUGUCCACUGCAGCAGACGGACACUUUGGAACUUCCUUUCUUGCCUGCCUGCCUGGAAUAGUUUCCAGGGCUGGUUGCAGAGGCGUUAAAAGCACUAAACAUAUUCCCUUUAUUAAGAAGAAUAAAAUUCCUUCUGCUGAGAAUGACUUCGGGUUAGGUCUUUUGGGCAGAUACCGACCUGAAAUGUGUGUUGAGAUACAGGAAAUCUCCUUCUCCAGUUGAGGUUGCAGUUGUUGAUUUUUAAAACACAACACUUACUUUGUUUCCUUUAAUUAUCUUGCACAGAUCCUGCCGCAGCAUUUCCGCUGGUUUUAUCUGAGAACAUAGGAUAGCAAGAGGUGCAUUUCUGUACUGAGAGAGAAUAACUCCUGAUAGUCUAAUACUAAUUGGAUAUUGAAAUUCCAGCUUGGUGCCAAAUGUUGUUUUGUAAUUUUCUUUUGGAGUCUGUGGAAGCAUCCGCACUACUGGUUUGUUUGGCAGGGGCUGCAGUCUAGAAAACCUUUUCAUAAGAAAAUCUUCUGCUUCGAAAGCAUCAAGCCACUUUUUCAGGAAAAUGCCUUGUUCUUUCCUUUCCAUUACUGAGUCUGUUACUGCAGUUCUCUGCUCUUCUGCCAAGACUGAAUUUGUGUGGAAUUGUGCUGUUCUCAGAUGCUUCUUCUGAAUAUGCCCCAACUAUAUAGUGGGUCUGUUCUGGAAGGGAAGUGGCACAGUGGAUACUGUUCCUCACAUUAUAUGGUGUAAGUCUAGCCUUUUAUUUUUGUAGCACUUUGGUUUGAAAUGUUAAAUAGGGGCUUAUAUGUUUGGAAGAAGUGAAAAGCUGUUGUACAGCUGAUAAGUACUAGUCUUGGACUAGAAGACCAUCUUUAAACAAGAUCACUUUCCUAUUUAUGCAUUGGGGAGUUUAAUUCCACCAUUCCUUGAUAACUUUAGAUAGCGCAUGCAGGAUGAGAAUAUAGUUGAAAGCAACUCCAAAGGCUUACUUAAGAACUGGAAAUGGAUCUAGAGAAUCUGUUUAGGGUCUUGUGACUACCACAAGGCCUGACCUCAGACUCCUCAAAAUUCUUUCUGGUCUCUUGAAACUUGCCAGAAAUGGGAACAAUGACCUGUUUUGAUGGCUUAUUCAGUUGCUUGGUUGUACUAAUAAGGAUUUCCCAAAAUAGUUUAGCUUCCCUUGUGAAAUGUCAAACCCACUUUAAAACUGGGGCAUUAUAAUAAUAAUGUUGGACUCUGGGGCCAUCAUUCCCAGGAAAUCCAUAGAGCAGAUAGAUCAUUUUAGCUGUCAAAAUGUUGACAGCUUAGUUUAAGCUACACUCUUAAACAUACUACGAAGUAGGACAAAUUGUGAGAUUUAUCUUUAAAAUCAACAAGUAAAUGUUUUAAGUUUAUCCUUUUCCUGAUCAUUCUGGAUCAGUUUAUUUAAGCCCCUCCCAUCUGCUGGAAAGUAUGCAGUACUAAACCAAGUGCCUCAGUCUAUUAGCAUUAUUGAUGAUCCUAGUAUAUCCAUGCCAGUAGAUUGUCAUAAGGUUCAAGCAAUGUUAUCCCAGUUGUGUUCUGCUUUAAUUGAACUUUGCUGCUUUUUGUCAAAUUACCUACAACAGCUUUCUUUGAAAUGAAGUUGGAUAGUACUGAUUCCAAAUCCCUAGCUGCUACCUGUUGGGUCUUGGGGUAGAUGUCUUUAAUCUGUAUUGGAAUGUGCAUUAUCCUCUUCAUCCCAGUCCAAAAUUUAAAAGAAAAGCAGUUCAAAAUCUCUUGACUAAGUGUGCCAGCAAUAACUGCGGUGUCGAGUACCAGCCAUAGCCUUCUUUCGACUUGCUCAAACUUUGCUAGAAACACAACUUGGAAGCCAGUCUUGCCUCAGUGUUCACAGGUGGCUGCAUCUUUCUGAUAGUAAUUAUGCAUUUUUUUCUAAUUAAAAUAACAGGGUGGCUGCCCUUACUUUUUGUAUAACACUAUAUGUCUUUGAGAGGCAAUGUUAGCCUCGUGGCAUAGAAGAAUAAAUUGCAGCUGCCUUGGUACGUUUGCCACUUUGAUUUGGGGGGAGGGGGGUCCAUGUACUGUGCCUUCAGAAGCAGAUGUUGAAAGGAAGGGCUUGACUUAGGAACGCAAACCAAUUAGUGUCAUUGACAACUUGAAGGUCUGUACACCAAACAAGACUUCUGCAAGUGUGUUUGAUUAAAAUGUAUGCUAAGCUCUAAUCUGUAUAAAAUUCUUUUAUGAUGUC